GGUUAAAGUGCUGAUUCUCGAGGCACUCGGCUCACUUGCACACCUCGGAGAAAGAGAGCGGUUUGGAAACAGAGAGCAGUGAGUGUGAGUAAACACACACAGCACUUUGGCAGUGAAACAUAAAGAGGUUUAGGAGAGGAGAACAUUCAGAACCAGGUUGCUUUGCAGAAAUGGCAGAAAUUGAAGAGAUUGUUGAAGGAGUUGAAGAAGCGAUAGAAGGAGCAGAAGAAGGAAUUGAGGAAUUAUCAGAAGAAGUACAAGAGGAAAUUCAAGCUGAAAUAGCUGAAACCCGCACUGUGAUCGAAGAGCUUACUACAACAGAGAGUAAACUCAGAGGUAUCCUCAAGUCCCUCGGAAGUUGUGUAUCUGACAUAGCCAAGUUUACUUUCAAAAAUAUAGCGAUUGGCGCCAUCCUGUGGGGGGUAAAUGUUGCUUUAAACAAGCUGCUUCCACAAGGACAUCAACAGGAAACCAAGACGAAAAUUCGUAAUGUAAUAAAGGCUUUGAGUGAUGUGAUCAAUGCUGAAGCCGCGAUAAACCAGAAGACACUGGAGUGGAUGAAGGCCCACGAGAAUGAUAAAAUCACUCUGGAUGGAAUUGAAGUGCCGAUGGAAGCCAUUCUGACAAAAUACAUGAAGCCAUUAGUUGAGGCAACUGAUAAAUCCAAAACCAUUGCUGAAACCCUUCAAGAAAAAGUGGACGGGAAAAUUCAGUUUAAAUGUCCAACCGCAGACGACAUGAGAAAAUUCAUGGAAGUUACCGAAGUGUUCAUCAAAGCCUUCACCGAUCUCAUCGUGUUCAUUCUGAAACAUGAAGACCAGGUUAAGGUGCUGCAGAGCUUUCCGGUAAAAGAGGGAGAUCUUGUUGACCUAACAGCCAAGCUUAACGUCGCCAAGGACUUACCUCUGUGGUAAAAUAAAUUGUGACUUGAUAACAACAUUAAUCAGAAAUGGCUGUUUAAUCAGAAAUGAGUUUUUUAAGCAUACGUUUGGCUAAUUCAACAGUUGUAUCUACUGAAUUUAUAGAAUAUAGCAUGUAAAACAAUAUCAAAUUUUCUUUGAAUUUAUUUACUUGGUUGCAUUUUUUAUAACAAUUAUAUACAAAAAGAUCAAUAAUUUCUGAUUUCUUUUAAUGAAUUAACUUUCAUUGUCUUUAUAUAAGUUACUAAUCUGUAUUUUUGGAUGAGGAACAUCUUUCUUUAUCAAAUAAACAAAGGCAAAGUUUUGUUAUCAUACAAGUUUUAACAUGUAAUGUUGUAAAACUACUGUUUAAAGCAGUCUCAUUAUGAAUCAGUGAAUGUUGUCCAUUUCCUGAUCAAAGAACUGCAGCCUGAAUCUCCAAUCUCCAUUUUUUUUUUCAUUUGUAUCUGCAUCCAUUAAUUCAUUAAAAAAAAUUAAUAAAGUAUAUUUGUUAUAGA